UUCGCCUUCUCACGCGCGCAUGCGGACGAUGGUGUCCUGCUGUGCAACACCAUUAUAGCCUUGCCGUAUUUCGAUAGACGCCGGUCCCAUGAUUGGCUGUUGACAUAUGUACAGUUAGCCUUGCAAAAAGCUUCGCCACGAACUGCGCUACGUACAACGAGUACAGAUCUAUGGAUCGUCACGUCUAAGAGCGCAACUAUCUACAGGCUGUCAAAAGCCUCUGGCACUUAUUGACCAUAUUGGCUAGUGUCCGGAAGAAGACUUUGAAAUCACAGACAGAGGAAGCAGGCAAAAUGGUCUUUACGCCUGACUAUGUGGCCCCAGAUGCACCGCCAGCGUUUGAAGACAUGUGCGGCGACGUGUGGACACAAAUGUGCCGUCACGAAUGCGCAUUCUCGCCAGAGAUCUUCUUUGACAAGAUGAUGAACCUCAUCAAGAACCCCAACAUCAACUCGUCGUGGCUGUUCCGCGCCGACAUUGUGUACGAUGACGCCGCAUCGCCCGCGUGCAUUGGGGAUGUCGAAGACGAGAGCAGACCUAGGGUUAGGGAGGUCAAGGACAUCCCGAGGACGAGGAUCUUGGUACGCACCCUCGUGCCCAGAAAUACGCUCCGGGACGCCCCCAUGAACCAGACCUGCACGUUCCACCAACACGCCUCGCAAGGCGAGGAGGACCUCAUCAGAAGUCUGGUCAUUUACAUCCCGCACGUUGACUCUGUCGAGGACUACCCCUUUUAUCACCCCAAGGUCAGGGGCGUAGCGCACUACCAUGAAUGGGACGCGUCCACGGGUGCAGGUUUCAUCUCCGUCCACUUCCUGCCCUUGGUGGACGUCCCCCUUGCUGCGGACAAGAACCUGCAGAGAAUCGCCUACCAUCUGCUGGAAGUCUUGCACAAACAUGGCGAGGGCGUGGCCAAGGGCUACGUCAAGCGCGUUCAGCACGACUUGAUCGUGCCACAGGUCAAGUUCCAGGAUCGAUACGCCGAGCUCAAGGGGAGGUAUGCCAGAUCCCUUAUUGGCGAAUGGGACGAGAAGACCGACCCAGUAAAGCAUGUCUUUGAAGACCUCGGCAUAGCGGCUUUCUUGAUCGAGAUGUGGACGGCCAUGUACCGGGACCAGCCCUUUCCCGGGUUCGUCGACAUUGGCUGCGGCAACGGCCUGUUGGUGCACAUCCUGAAUCAAGAAGGAUACUCUGGCUGGGGGUUUGACGCCCGGUCGCGCGGAUCAUGGCAGAAGUAUGCUUCCCCAUGCUCUGCGUCGCCCACGGGAUCGUCGCUCGCCCAGCGCCUCCUGUUGCCCUCCAUUGUCCAUUCCACCACGUCGUCUCCGGCCGAUCCAGCGACGACCCAUGACGGAGUCUUCCCGACUGGCACCUUUAUCAUAUCCAAUCACGCCGAUGAACUUACCCCCUGGACACCGCUGCUCGCAACCCUAUCAUCUAGCCCCUUCGUGGUCAUCCCUUGCUGCUCACACGCACUCUCUGGCGCCAGACAGCGUCACCCGCCCCCAAAAGACAAGUCCAAGGGCAACUCGACGUACGCGAGUCUGGUGGAAUGGACAAGGCACAUCAUGGAGCGUUGUGGGUGGGAGGUGGAAACCGAGACGUUGAGAAUACCGAGCACACGAAAUAUCGGCCUCGUUGGCAGGCGGAGAACAGUGGAAGAGGUGGACAUACGGCAGGUCAUCGCCGAGUUUGGAGGUGCAGACGGCUUUGCGAGUAAUGUCGAGCAGCUGCUCAAGGGUGGCUUGCGAGGUCAUUGAUGAUAAGAACAAAAAAAUAGAAAUGGCACAUUGGGGUCAGUUCGUACGUGUCAUUGCAUUCAUCUCAUACAUGUCUCUGACAUGCUGCUGUACAAAUCAAAUGGUA